CAUGUGGCCCGGGAACCUUCAAGUCUAAGCAGGGGGAAGGUCCCUGCUCUCCCUGCCCUCCCAACAGCCGGACCACCUCUGGAGCAGCAACAGUCUGCACGUGUCGAAACGGCUUUUUCCGAGCAGACACGGACCCCGCAGAUAGUGCCUGCACCAGCGUCCCCUCUGCCCCUCGCAGCGUCAUCUCCAAUGUGAACGAGACGUCGCUGGUGCUGGAGUGGAGCGAGCCACAGGACACGGGCGGGCGGGACGACCUGCUCUACAACGUCAUCUGCAAGAAGUGCAGUGUGGAGCGGCGCCUCUGCACCCGCUGCGACGACAACGUGGAGUUUGUGCCGCGCCAGCUCGGCCUCACCGAGCGUCGCAUCUACAUCAGCAACCUGAUGGCCCACACCCAGUACACCUUUGAGAUCCAGGCUGUGAAUGGCAUCUCCAACAAGAGCCCCUACCCUCCCCAUUUCGCCUCUGUCAACAUCACCACCAACCAGGCAGCCCCAUCUGCCGUGCCCACAAUGCACCUGCACAGCAGCACCGGGAACAGCAUGACGCUGUCGUGGACUCCCCCAGAGAGACCCAACGGCAUCAUUCUGGACUACGAGAUCAAGUACUCGGAGAAGCAAGGCCAGAGCGAUGGCAUCGCCAACACGGUCACCAGCCAGAAGAACUCGGUGCGGCUGGACGGGCUGAAGGCCAAUGCUCGGUAUAUGGUGCAGGUCCGGAAAACCGGCCGCUACAGCCUCCCCACCGAGUUUCAGACAACUGCAGAGGACGGCUCCACCAGCAAGACUUUCCAGGAGCUGCCUCUGAUCGUGGGUUCGGCCACUGCGGGGCUGCUAUUCGUCAUCGUUGUGGUGAUCAUCGCUAUCGUCUGCUUCAGGAAGCAACGCAACAGCACGGACCCUGAGUACACGGAGAAGCUGCAGCAAUACGUCACCCCUGGGAUGAAGGUCUACAUUGACCCCUUCACCUACGAGGACCCCAACGAAGCCGUCCGGGAAUUCGCCAAAGAGAUUGACAUCUCCUGCGUCAAAAUUGAGGAGGUCAUUGGAGCAGGGGAGUUCGGCGAGGUGUGCCGCGGGCGCCUGAAGCUGCCUGGCCGCCGCGAGAUCUUCGUGGCCAUCAAGACACUGAAGGUGGGCUACACGGAGCGGCAGCGGCGGGACUUCCUGAGCGAGGCCAGCAUCAUGGGCCAGUUCGACCACCCCAACAUCAUCCACCUGGAGGGUGUGGUGACAAAGAGCCGCCCCGUCAUGAUCAUCACGGAGUUCAUGGAGAACUGUGCGCUCGACUCCUUCCUCCGGCUGAAUGAUGGGCAGUUCACGGUCAUCCAGCUGGUGGGAAUGCUGCGAGGCAUUGCUGCCGGCAUGAAGUACCUUUCGGAGAUGAACUACGUGCACCGGGAUCUGGCUGCCCGCAACAUCCUGGUCAACAGCAACUUGGUCUGCAAAGUGUCUGACUUUGGGCUCUCUCGCUUUCUGGAGGAUGACCCGGCCGAUCCCACCUACACCAGCUCCCUGGGAGGCAAGAUCCCGAUCAGAUGGACGGCUCCUGAGGCCAUUGCCUACCGCAAAUUCACUUCGGCCAGCGACGUAUGGAGCUACGGCAUCGUUAUGUGGGAAGUGAUGUCCUACGGGGAGCGACCCUACUGGGACAUGUCCAACCAGGACGUGAUCAACGCAGUGGAGCAGGAUUAUCGCCUGCCACCCCCCAUGGACUGCCCCACAGCGCUGCACCAGCUGAUGCUGGACUGCUGGGUGCGGGACCGCAACCUGCGGCCCAAGUUUGCACAGAUCGUCAAUACGCUGGACAAGCUCAUCCGCAACGCUGCCAGCCUGAAAGUCAUCGCCAGCGUCCAGUCUGGCAUCUCCCAGCCGCUCCUGGACCGCACCGUCCCGGAUUACACCACCUUCACCACUGUGGGAGACUGGCUGGAUGCCAUCAAAAUGGGACGGUACAAGGAGAACUUUGUCAAUGCCGGCUUUGCCUCCUUCGACCUGGUGGCGCAGAUGACUGCAGAAGACCUGCUGAGGAUAGGGGUGACACUAGCAGGGCACCAGAAGAAGAUCCUGAGCAGCAUUCAGGACAUGAGGCUGCAGAUGAACCAGACACUCCCGGUGCAGGUUUGACCGCAGGGGACUCUGCAUUGGAACGGACCGAGGGAACCUGCCAACCAGGUUCAGUUUGCGGUGCAGCCCGGCUUCCCGUUUCCCCCUUCACACGGCGCUCCUCUGCCUCGGACGGUCGCCUGGGACGGGACGGGCCACCCUUCCCUGGAUCGGGGGCACUCAUGCCGAGAGGGAGCCCAGCUUUUCGUCCCGUGUCCUGGAGCGGCGAGGCAGCAACACAUCUUCAUAUUGAAGAUGGAUUAUGGGACAGAGAUGGCACAUCCCGCUUCCCGCCCUGUCUCGGUGCUCAUC